AUAGUCAGGGCGGGACUAAAAACAGUGAGGUCGACUCAAACGCACUGCAUAUGAAAACUUUUUUCCUUUUUAAUUCGUAGUUUCGUCAAGAAAAAUAUUUCUUAAUCAACGAUUUGAUUAAAUCGUGUAAAUUAAUCUGUAUAUUUUAGUCGUUUGAAUGCGUUUGGAUCCGCGUCAGAUCGGGUUCCUGUCUUUUGUCCAUCGAACACGGUUCUUGUAUAACACAUCAUGUGGAAUUCAGUUAUCUUUAGGACAAAAUGAGGAUUACUAUUAGUAAAACAACGUUCUUAUGUCUCUUCCUGUUGGCUAUGGAUGGUGUGUUUGCUGGUGAUACAGAUGUAAUUAAGUCAGUAUCAGUGACUGAGGGAGAUUCUGUCACUCUAAACACUGAUGUUACUAAAGUACAGAGAGAUGAUCAGAUACUGUGGAUGUUUGGACCUAAAGAAACUCGUAUAGCUGAAAUCUAUAAACACAGCAUUGAUAUGUUCAGCAGUAAUGGGACAUUUGGAGACAGACUGCAGUUGGACUCUUUCACUGGAUCUCUGACCAUCAGAAACAUCAGAAGCACAGACUCUGGACUUUAUAAACGACAGAUCCGGAGCGACAGAGGGAACUCGGACAAGACAUUCAAUGCUACUGUCUAUGCUCGUCUGCCUGUUCCUGUCAUCACCAGAAACUCUUCAAACUGUUUUUCAUCAUCAUCAUCAUCAUCAGGAUCAUCAGUGUCCAGUUGUGUGCUGCUGUGUUCAGCUGUGAAUGUGAGUGAUGUGACUCUCUCCUGGUACAAAGGAAACAGUUUAUUGUCCAGCAUCAGUGUGUCUGAUCUCAGCAUCAGUCUCUCUCUACCUCUGGAGGUGGAAUAUCAGGAGAAAAACACCUACAGCUGUGUGCUCAACAAUCCCAUCAGCAACCAGACCAGACAUCUGGACAUUACUCAACUCUGUCACACACGUCCAGAUUGCCAUUCACCAUGGCUUGUUGCAGCAUUAACAUUUGCGGUAGUACUGGCUAUGCUAGCAAUUGUGAUGGGCUGUCUUUACAGGAAAUACAGAACAUCAAGGCCAAAAGCUGAAACGGUUCAGACAGACGACAUUGAGCUAGCUUAUGCCGAAACAAAAUUUUUACCUAAUGUACAAAACAAGAAGCCUAAUGGGACAGAAGAGACCAUAUACUCCACCGUCAAUGGACACUGAUCGAACAUGCAGCAGUCUCUCAUUUCACCACAAUGGCUUUGCACACCUGCAUCUGUCAGCAUUACAACACUUGAUUGAGGAGAAAGAAACCUGAUUUGCGCUUGAUUUUCUUUGCUUUUAACAAAAGAAAAUGUUUUAAAGAACUUUGGGGUCCAAACAACAUUGGGCCACAUUCACUCUUAUUGUGUAUAAAAAAAAAUAUUGUAUAAAGACAUUUUUCAAAAUAUCUUCAUAUAUCAUAUAGGCUUGGUAUGACAUGAUAAGUAAAUGAUGACAAUAAAUUGAUUGGAUUGUGGCAGAACCAGCAUGUCUAAUAUAUAGGAAACGAAAGACUGAAGAACUAGUUCAACAUUGGCCCGUUUUUUUUUAUAUUUUUAUUUUUUGCAUAUCCAAAUUCCCCUCUAACAAAUCUACAUUCUGCAUGGAGAUGACACAGCAGAGUUAAAAUGACCAUUAAAAACAAAUGACUUAAAGAGAACGAUUACUUCAUUAUUGUACAAAAGUGCAGUAUGUGAUACAUUAAGAUCAGAAACUUCAUGAAUGUCAUGUUUAUGUUCUCUCAGCUAGUCUGAUACUCAAAAAAAUGGCAGUUAUUCAUGUCCUCAGGGUUCUUAAGUAAAGCCACAAGACUCCACCCCAACCCCUGCUGUCCUUCCCGUAAUUCUUACCUUUCUGCUCUGUAUCAUAGCACUGCAAGUCAUUACAUGUCUCAUCAUACAUACACUGUUGCUUCACACUCACAGGCGUUUUGACCGAGCUCUGUGCUGGCUUGAUAAACUUUUUUUCUUUUUGUUUGCCUGUUUUCAAUUUUUAUUAUCACCAGCAUUAACAGCUGGUUAUUUUCAAGACGAAUGAAUGUGAAUUUCUAAACUGUGGAUUGAAAUUGACAAUGAUCCUCAAAUUACAUUGGUGUUUGUUUGUUGAUUCUUUAGGUCAGCGACUUUCAAGUGUGGGCAAUGAAA